GGAGACAUACGACCUAAAAAACACAGGCUGAAUCAGUGUGGUGUGAGAGGAGGUGUCUGCUGAAGACAGCAUCUUUGGGAGUGAAUUAAUCUGAUUUUUUUAGAUGCUCUGAAACAUAGAAUCAAGCAUUUUUCCUGCGGAUUUGCAUCAUUUUGCUUGGGUUAGGUGCUGCUAAAUAUAUAUAUAUAUAAAUUAAAUUUUCUUGCAUGGUGGAGGCGCUCGGCUCCAUCUUGGAGACUGGAGACUACGCAGCUUUCUCCUAAAGGCUUAUUUAUUCAUCUGUCAGGCUGUAUGAGUAAGAUCCAGCACUUCUGUGCAGCUGUUGAUGGAAGUGCAGGCUCCAAUCCUGUGCAGAAAAAAUCUGAAUGAAGACGGAGUGUCCUAAUGCUGGUGAGAAGAGGCAUAUAUACUACAGCAACAUUAACAGCAGGAGGAGGAAGCAGCAUUUGGACCAGCAGCAUCUUUUUAACUGCAUCAUCAUCUUUAAUAUUAUUGCCAUUAUUGUAAUAAAUCUAUUGAGGGGAAAAACUAAACUACUGAAAAAUAUGAUUAGAAACUGAAUUCAAGAACUACAAUACAUGCAUCCAGGUCGUGACACAUGCAGGACCAGAGCUCCUGAAUGAGAAGAUCCUUCUGCCCUGCUGCCCUGCUGUGGGGGGACACAAUCUCUCCACUUGCUAUAAUUAAGGUUGUUUUUUCUCCUGUGGUGUUUGUGUGGAGCGUGCCACACACCCACUCCACAACAACGACGGCUUUUGCUUGCAUCUUCCAGUGUUUCUUCUGUCAGCAAGUUCAGCAGAGCUGUAACUCAUCCAGCGCCAGCGCCGACGAGCCCAGCGAGGAGAACCACGACUGUGAGAUGGUGAAGAUGACCAAGUCUAAAACCUUCCAGGCCUACCUGCCCAACUGUCACCGCACCUACAGCUGCAUCCACUGCCGAGCACACCUGGCCAACCAUGAUGAGCUCAUCUCGAAGUCAUUCCAAGGCAGCCAGGGACGAGCCUACCUCUUUAAUUCAGUGGUGAACGUGGGCUGUGGUCCAGCAGAGGAGAGGGUUCUCCUCACAGGUUUACACGCUGUGGCAGACAUCUACUGUGAAAACUGUAAAACCACUCUGGGCUGGAAAUACGAGCAUGCGUUCGAGAGCAGUCAGAAAUACAAAGAGGGCAAGUUCAUCAUCGAGCUGGCUCACAUGAUCAAGGACAACGGCUGGGAGUGACCGCCGCCCACUUCCUCUUUGCUCAGUGACCUUUCGGGCCGCUCUGUAGCGGACUUCACAGAGUGACACAACACGCGCCCGCACACACACUCUCUCUCUACACACACACACACCAUCACCACCAUCACCACCAUCAACAUCACCAAAAACCACACCUCCACCUUCCUCAAACUCCGGCCCAAACUCCGCCCCCACGGCCCAGAACGGCCAAUAACGGCCCAGAACGUCCAGAUGGCUUGUUCUGAAAUUCAAACCAACGAACUCAAUGAAAGGGAAACAGACGGGCAAACAAACGAGGGGAAUCCACACUGAGAGACUCUCCACUCUCCACAUCUUCUGGUUCUACUGAGGACGGGUUCCAAACGUUCCUCAGAUUUCUCCAGAUGUUCUCAGACUCAGUUCUCAGACUGGUUUCGGGCCAUUUCGGUGUAUUUUGACCACUUGCUUGUGUGUCAUCAUCACCAUCACCCACUCCCCUCGUGAGCUGUUCCUAACGGUUUUACCACAAGACAGUGCUCAUCCACGUACACCCAUCUCUUCGCUCCUCUUCACUCCUUCGAGAUGAGAUCUUUUGCGAGAUUUUUGCGUGUGUGUGUGAACAAGAGAGAGAUUGAGUGUGUGAGUGUGUGUGUGUGUGUGUGAAAAAGUGUGUGAACCGUCGUUUCCUUUUAUGCAGGAAUUAACGAUUUCAAAGAAGUCCUCCCUGGUGGACUGAAGAUUAUCACAAUGAUUACAGUGAUGAUGAUGAUGAUGAUGAUGAUGAUGAUGGUGGUGAUUGUAAUGAUUUACGAUGCUAACGAUGAUGAUUAUUUACAAUGUUGAUGUUGAUGAUGAUGAUGUUACUGGUUAGCAUUCUUCACUCUCUCAGAGAUAGGCGGGUCUUCACUGAGCAUGCUCUCUGUCAGAUACUACGACAGAUUAAUUGAUUGAUGUUUUGAUGAAUCAGAUUUUGAUGAAUCAGAUUUUGAUGAAUCAGACUUUGAUGAAUCAGACUUUGAUGAAUCAUCCGGGUUGGGGGCGGGGCUAUGUAGCAGCAUCAUGGAUAUUAUUAUUGGACUGGGAUUGGGUCUGGGAAUGAGGGGCAGGCUCUUAUUGUUUGGGGAGGGCGGGGGUGAAGGGAAAGUAGGCGGAGUUUAAGCAUUGCAGUGGCAUUUUUUUCUUCAUGUUUUGUUUUUGUAUUUAUGAUAUAUCCCUGUAUCUACCUUUAUCUAUCAUAUUUGAGAUUUUUCUCUCAAUUUGUUUUUGUUUUACUUCUUUUUCACGGUCUCUUUGUUGGUUUCGUUUGUUUGUUUGUUCGUUCGUUCGUUCGUUUUUCUCUUCCUCCGAUCGAUGACUUCACUGUGCAAUCUGAAUUCGUGUGACCCUCCGGUACAGUAGAGUUUGACCCCCAUUGUGCAGGAGCUGUAAUUCCUGUCUUUAGCUGUAAUCUGGUGCUUUAGGCAAGAUCAUACGAAAAAAACAACGUGUAGCUUUUAGUGUUGAGGUGGCAUUUGUGGCAGGUUCCAUUUUUGCAUCAGUACUAUACUACGUGAAAGAAAAAAUUGUUUUUUUGUGUUUUUGUUCGUUUGUUUGUUCAUUUUUUUUAAAGAAAAAUGCUGUCGGAACGCACUGGACAGCAGGGGAACACUUUAACUGGUGUUUGUGUACCACAUACACACAACACACAACUCCCAUGAUCCCCCACAACACACACAAACACACACACACACACACUGUUUAAGUGGUUUCUGAUGAUUGGUUACAAGCGUUACAAAGACUUUACCGACAUAUUUUUCUUCGUACGAUCAUUUACAUUACUAAUGUGAUUGAUUUACGUAUGUGAGUGUGUGUGUGUAUGUGUGUGUUUGCGCUUAUGCAUAUGUUUGGCACAUGCAUGCAUGUUCUUAGCCAUGCAUGUAUGUGUGUGUGUGUGUGUGUGUGUGUGUGUGUGUGUAUAUUUGUUUGUAUGUAUGUAUGUUUGUGUGUAUGUAUGUAUGUGUGUGUUUUACGCAUUACGUUAUACGGCAUACUUGAAUGCAGUUACUUUGUUUGCACUUUGCAGAGGCCUUGUUCGUGGGUUUAGAGGCAAAAGUCUGUCUGUCUGUUCUUUCAUGGCCUUUUCAUUGACAAUGAUAAUAACGAUAACGAUGAUUGACAGCGAAGAUGAUGCUUAUGAUGAUGAUGAGAUGAAUGAUUGUACAUGAUGCUUUUGAAUGAACUUCAGGGUUUGGGUGAUUGCUGGCAUAAUCCUCUCCCUUUAGAUGUAGAUAAAACUCAACUCUGCUGCUUAUACCUUUCAGCAUUUUUGCUUCUGUUCACUCGAGUUCGCAAACCAUUUUUUUUACGAAGAUAUUCCGAGAUUUUAACUCAAUUUGGUCCGAAAUAUGGAUUAGAAGCAAAAAAAAAAAAAAGAAAAAAAAAAAGCCAAAAAUCGAAAGUAAAGUAAACUAAUAAAUAAAUAAUAAUCCAAGCCCCGCCUUAAAAAGGGGCGUGGCUAAGCGAAAACGACGUAUUGCUUAAGAUUAAAAAACAAAAUACAAAAAAACGUGCUGCUAUUUAAACCUAAUGCAAUCCGGAGCUUUCACUUUUUUACACCUCCUGCACUUUACCUGGGCUGUGUGAGCGUGAGAAUGCGAGAAUGCAAGAAUGCGAGAGCGCCAGUGUGUGUGAAAGGAUGAAUGCGCGAGUGUGACCUUUUACGUACUCCUCCUUCCACGUCUUUGCCUCUAAGCAGCAUGAAUCUUGUGCCUCUUCAAAAGGAUUUAAAAAAAAAAAUGACAGAAAAAAAGAAAUCCCUCCUCCCUCUCCUCUGUUGUGCAGUGCAUGACUCCAUUAAUAAAACCCAGCACACCUACGGUGGCCCGUAUGGGUCAGAAAACUCAAGAAAGAAAAAAAAAAAAGACAAGAAAAUGACCUCACAGGAAAUUUUAUCCACAGAGAAAUAUAUUCGGAAGUGUAAUAACUAGGGAUGCACUGAAUACUUGGCAACCGAAAUCAUUUUUAAUUCGUUUUUUUUUUUUUUUGUGUUAUUU